UAAAAAAAUUAUAUUUAUAUUUAUGAAGUUAUUUUUAAAGAAGUUAAGCUUUUAGAAAAAAUAUUGUAUUAAUUUUAAUUUAUUCUAAAGUAUUAUAUUUAUAUAGUAAAGAUAUUUUCUCAUUACAUAAUUUAAUAUUUUUUCCACAUUUUAUUUUUAAUGAUAAUAUUUUAUUAAAUUAUUUAGAUGCAUAUAUUUGUUCCAAUUAUAUAAAAACACUACUAUAUAAGUUGAAAAAAUGAAAGAUAUUUCUCAUUACAUAUUUUAGUAUUAUUCUUUGCAGAUUUUUUUUUCUUUGCAGAUUUUAACUUUUAGUGAUUAUUUAUUUGCUUAUUUACUUAGAUGCAUAUAUUUGUUUCAACCAUAUAAAACUCAACUAUAAAAAUUGUAAAAAGGUAGUAUUAUGAUUUUGUUAUUUCUCAGAAAUAGGAAAUACACUACAAAAAUACAUAUCAAUUCAUUUGUAUCUCAUAAAUAAAUUAUAUUAGUUUAAUUUAUUUAUUACCCGCAAAAUUAAGUAUACUUCAUAUGAUUAGAAAUAUCUAAUUAUUCAAAACAAAAAAAAUCUGGUCGAAAAAAGAAUUGUUAUAGGUAUGAUAAAGUUUUACCGAAAUUAAAUGCUAAUAGUUAAUUAGCAUUUAUGAUUUUAUUUUGGUUUGUAAAGAAAAUUUAUUUGUUACCAUAAAUAUAAGAUAUCUCUAUUAUUUUUGUAAAUAUGAUGAAAAUCUAAGGGUAGAAUCUUAAAUUUUUAAAAUAGGAUUAUGCUUUAAUAGUAUAGAUUUUAGAUGCACUCAGAUUUUAGGAUCCUGCUAAAAUUGGAUCCUGAUUUAAUAAUAUAGACUUUAAUAGUAUAGAUUUUAGAUGCAAUCAUUAUGACAUAGAUACACUUAGAUUCAUGCAUAUAUUCUUAGUUUUUGAAUUUUUCUUAAUACAUUAACGAUAAAGAUAUAGCAACUUAAAUAUGCAUUUAAAGUCUGAUACAUUCAGAUAUCGCACCAUCAUAUAUGGUAUGUAUUGAUUUCCUAAAGAUAUACAUAAAUGGAAAAUAUGAGCUUGAUGAUGAUAUAUAAAUAUGUGUGUACAUAUGAUGUACACUACACUACGCUCAUUCUUUUUAUAUUUUGAGAACUCCGGUUAUCAUAUAAAAAUGACUAAAUCCAUUUUUUGUGCUGUCCUUAUCAUCCUUACUCUAGGGCUGAUGGCGAAUGAGAUUCAAGGAGACAUGUGUGGAGAGGUUUUACCACAAGUAGAUUGUGGUGCUGGCUCAUGUGGCGCUCUGUGCCGUCAACUAAAGCACGGAACUCCUCACUGCGUUCGGGCAUCUAAUGGGAAAUUAGCAUGCUACUGUGUUUAUCCUUGCACUUCUUGAAUGUUUGUUUUACUAUCUAAAACUUUAGGUAUCUCACUUUUGAGAUAAAUACAAAAUUGAAAAACACGAUAAGAAAUAAUAAAGUAUCUCUCGAAAUUUGUUAGAAAUUCCAGUAAUAUAUGUUGUUUUAUAAAUGAUUAAAUUAUUUUAAAAUAACCAUUAAUAAAAAAAAUUGAUACUUUAAGGAUGAAAAACUUUAACUGAGAGUUCCCCAAUAAAUAUGUUGUAAAAAAUAGUUUUUGAUUAAUAAUUUAUUGAGGAAUAAUAAGAAAAAAAAAACAAAGUUGAUAUGACUCUUGAAAAUUACAGUACGAGUCCCUACACUUACUACAUAGUUUGAAAUUGUCCUACAUUGAUCAAUAAUCAAUCACUCUCCUUUCACACGUAUACGUCUAUUUCCCGUUACGCCAUUUCUUCGUCUUCCUUCGUAAAAGAUAAGGAAGAGACCGUCACUGUCUUUGUCACUUUCCCAUCUACGAUUUUUCUCUACAAAGAAUAGUAUAAAUGUUCCCCUUGUUUUUCCUUACACAAAGUUUCAAUCUUUUUUCUCUCUCUCUUCUCUCCUUGAGACAUGAACUGUCUGUUCUUGUUCAAAUCCAAGAAACCCGAACCCAGAAACAAACAAAAAGACAGAAGAAAAGCACAAAACUCAGCUCCAGAACUGAGGAACAAGAGCCAAACGCCGUCGUUUAACCUCCACAAACCGAGAUCUUUGCCUUCUGGGCGAAGUAUCAGAGACUUGGAUAGAGAGAGAGAACAGAGUCUUAGGGUAUUCACUUACGAAGAACUCAGUGAAGCCACUUGUGGGUUUAGCAGAAGGCUUAAGAUCGGUCAUGGUGGAUUCGGUAAUGUUUAUAAAGGAAAGAUUCCCACCACUGGAGAUUCUGAUCCUCCACUUGUCGUCGCCAUCAAGAAACUCAAUCCACAAGGUUUACAGGGUCACAAGCAAUGGCUAGCAGAAGUUGAGUUUCUAGGGGUAGUGAAUCAUCAGAACGUUGUGAAGCUCUUAGGUUAUUGCUCCGAAGAUGGGGAGAACGGAAUGGAGAGGCUUUUGGUUUAUGAGUACAUGUCUAAUCGAAGCUUGGAAGAGCAUCUAUUCACGCGUGGAGCUCGCACGUUACCAUGGAAACAAAGGCUUGAGAUCAUGCUUGGUGCAGCUGAAGGAUUGGCUUAUUUACAUGAAGUUAAGGUGAUAUACCGUGACUUCAAAUCCUCUAAUGUGCUUUUAAAUGAUGAAUUUUGUCCGAAAUUAUCGGACUUUGGGCUUGCAAGAGAAGGACCUCAGGGCGACAAUACUCACGUCACAACUGCAAAAGUUGGAACACAGGGCUAUGCAGCUCCUGAAUACGUGCAAACAGGCCAUUUGCGGUUAAAGAGCGAUGUAUAUAGCUUUGGUGUUGUGCUUUACGAGAUCAUAACCGGACGUCGAACCAUUGAGAGGAACAAGCCACCCGCUGAACGGAGACUAUUGGAAUGGGUCAAAGAGUAUCCUCCUGAUAGUCGACGCUUCAGCAUGAUCGUUGACCCGCGGCUACGCAAUAACUAUCCAUCUGCUGGAACGAGGAGUUUGGCAAAAUUGGCUGAUAUUUGCCUCAAAAAGAACGAUAAAGAGCGGCCCACGAUGGAGAUUGUAGUGGAAAGAUUAAAGAAGAUUAUCGAAGAGUGCGAUAGUGGAGAUUCUUAUAUAGCCGCGAGUAAAGAAAGUAGUUAGGUAAGAAGCAAUAGUAGAGCCGCAGGACCUGUGGAGGGGAGUUUGAGAGGAGGUGUUAGUGUUAGAGAAUGAUUUUUGAGUUUGGAAUAUUUUUUGCAUAGUGAAUAUUAUACAAAUAAGUUUUUUUUUCAUCGAAUAUUAUACAAAUAAGUUAGUAAAUGCAAAUCAUGAAGUAAGAUGAAUACUAGAAAAAAUGAAGGAAAAUGAAUAUAUAUGGAAAUGAUUUGUUACAA